AUGGAUAUAUGGCCAUGGCCACGAGGAACGUCCCACAUGAUGCGUGACAUGAUGCACGAUUUUGAUCGUUUCGAGAGAAGCAUGUUCCCGUACUGGAGAGAUGCUGACCACUCAGUUCUUCAUGUGGGACGUGAUACUCACCAGCCAAUCAACGAUGACAAAAAGUUUGCUGUUAGCCUGAACGUGUCGCAUUUUCGUCCAGAAGAGUUGAAUGUUCAUGUGGAAGGACGGGAGCUGACGAUCGAAGGCAAACAAGAGCAGAAGGACACGAACAGCUACGUGCAAAGGUCUUUCAUUCGCAAGUGGAUCUUGCCGGAUGAUGUGGAUAUGCAGGCAUAUGUCGGUUUCCGCUAA